UAUAUAUCCAGAUAUUUGGUCACCGAUCUGUAUUCGCUAUGCUCAUACUGGCUUUGCCAUUCACCUCUCUCUAACCCAACUUAUUUCACACUUGAUCAAGGUCAAUUGUCAUCUGUUUCUCGAUAGGAUUCUAACCAUACCGAUGUUUGGUAUGCUGCAAUAUGACUCGCGCAAAAAAGAAAUUCGGUUCGCUCCUCAACACGAUACCUACGGUAUCAUACAUCAUUCAGCAUGUGAUUACUGUCGAGACAAAAAACUACGUUGUUCAGGACAUCCAACAGGAUGUAAAAGGUGCGAGGAGCUCUCACGCACCUGCUCAUACACCAAUACGUCAUGCCGAACUCGACCUCGCAAUUACCGAAGGAUAAUCAAAGGUUUGCCUGCAUCAAAGCUAAACGAACGACAACAAACGCCAUCUCCGAAAGCAAGAGGAACUUCAAUUGAAGUGCCGCAUCAUGACAGAUCGACACUGGACGACAGUUCACGACUACAAACACCAGACCACAUUAUCAUUCCUCAAGACUCCUGCAGCUCCCUAGAUUUGAUGCCUAGAAGCUUAGAGCUCGAUAACGAGAUGAUGAACUGGGGCACUGGAAGUAAUGUGUCCAACCUGGUUGAUUUCGAUGCCACUCCGGUAGAUUUCCAGCACGUAUUUCCCUCUCAAUUAUUAUCGGAUAUCACCGGAUUGCCACUCACGCCUCCCCAAUCCACACCCAGCAGUCAAAGCAGGUUAGCAUCCCCCGCCAGCGAAGAGGAACGAAAAUGUAAUUGCUCAAACAUAAUCGUUUUCCUGAUCGAAGAUCUUGACGCUUCGCUUACUUCCGUCCUCAAAUCACCCCUCGAUGCAUCUCUCGCCCAACAAAAACGCGUGCUGGCAAAUGCGCGACGCAUACUACAAUGCCAAGACUGCACGCUGCGCACCGAGACCGCGAUACUCCUACUUUUCAUUUGCGAAAAGCUCAUAAAUCUCUCGAAUAGUAUAGUCGAUUUGUACUGCCGGCAGCAAAACGAAACAGAGCUGAGCAAAGAGAGAAAUGUGGAGCGGAAUCACGGUAUUGCGAUAGGCCAGUUUGAGGUUAUGUCGCACCGCGAGUGGUGCUGUAUCAUGCAGGCUCUGAUUGUCUUGCAGUUAGAAUGUUUGGACGAGCUGUUGAGGGAACAGGGUAGUGUAUUAUUGCUGGCUUUGCCGCAGUCACAAUGUGCCAAGUUGCAGUUGUAUGUGGAAGAUGUGGUGAUCUUGCGUAGGCGUAUGAUCACGUGA